GGAUACAUACGUGACACUAACUCUGACAAAUAAAGCUUAAGCCUUUCUUCUUAGAACAUCGCAGCAUUACUAACUCUUGUAACCAGGAAGUAACUUGACUGUGGGAGACAAGUUUCUUAUAACUAUUGCUGCUAAAAGAAACAUCAGACGUCAAAAGAAUAAUCAGUGAUUGUAGACUCCCACAGUUAUGCUACAGUGUUGCAAUGGGAAGCCUUUCUAAGAUCGGUUGCAUAAUAAGGAAUCAAAAGGAUCCGUAUCAGUUCCAGUGCGUAUUUUCACAUGACCCAAAAGACAGACGAGACUUUUCUGUAUACUUCAAUCAUUUCGACGGAAAGCAAGACCUAAUGGUUCGUUGUGCACACAACGAAGGAUACGAAUGCACAGUCAGAAAUCAGGCUCUCGGUGUCACAGAAGAUUACAUCUCGGUGUCUGAAGCAUUUUCGGAACAAAACGGAAGUUUCGUUUGUCGGAAUGGAGGCCCACCAUUGGAAAAAUUUCCAUGUUUUUACUCAGGUAACAGUAUCAAGACUAAAGUGAAAUAUGGCACUACAGAAAAUGGAUCCGGCACAUUUCUUAAGCCUGAAGAUUAUGGAGCCAAAGAUAACAAUAAUGAAGUAAUUAUUGGAGCUUCUCUUGGAGUUGUGAUCAUAAUUCUGUGCCUAGUUAUCUUCUUUCUACUGUACAAGAUGUACAGAUCUGAAAAACGUCCCACGAGAAACAAAUCUGAAAGAGAAAAACCUUCUUCCAUCGAUGAUAAAUCAUUGGUAGCCACCAGUGCACCUCUCCUUGGGACACAUCAGAAUGAAGAGAGCUUUGGUGGAGACACCAUUGUACCUCUCUUUGAGACAAAUCAGAAUGAAGAGAGUCGUGACGGAGACACCGCUAAAACACAAAACUACUACCAAAUCAACAAAGACUACAGUUAUUGGUUACAGCUGGUCACUGCAUUCCUUCAUGUGAACGACAAUGAGGCCAUUAACGAGCUAUUAAACAACCUUACUAGGGACCAAGCGGAACCAGAUGGCAUUAACGAGGAAAUAAACCGCCUUACUAGUGGCCACUCGGAACCAAAUGAUUCGAAGAGCAUGACAACGAGCAUCAUGCGAGUACUGAAGUUGUCUAACUGGGAUGUAAGGGAACAGCACAUCAUAGAAAUAAGCAGGUCAGAUGCCAGCAAAGAAAUCGAAACACAGCCUGGACAUUUUUUACUGGAUGUCAGAACGGAUGGGAAAAUAAGGCUACAAGUUUGUUCGAAGACCAUGCGGACACCAACCAGAGUUGAUGAAUGAGACAAACAACAAUCAUUUCGAGCUGAUUUCAUUGGAACUAUUUUACCAGACAGUGAUGGAUUUUCGCGUAAAGGGUUUCAAAGGAAAAGCCUUGUGCGUGUUGUUUACUAGUCCAGGUGGAGUAUUGUACUUAAAAUUAUUGACCAAGUAUUUCUUUUGUAUCCAUGUGUGUCCAAGCUAGUGUGUUUAUGAAUGUCUUGAAGUGUACAUACUGUGAGGAGGUUUUAGCAAGUAUCUUUAAGAAUAAUUUAGCUAUUAACCUGGCAAAUGUUUGUACUAUUCUUGGCAUACAGGCAAAAGCUUGAGAAAGAGUAAUUACAAUCUUAUCAGUAAAUCUUAUCUUAGCAGACACUCAGUCAAAAACAUAUAUACCUACCUGAAAUACUUCAUGCAAAAACUAAAAAAUGGAAGUUAGAAAGAUGCUUAAGGAUUUUUAACACACUGCAGUUAAACUCCCACAUUCCUGAAUUUGUCAAAUAAUUAUGGAUUGCAUUGUGUAAUUUUGUCGCCGGAAAAUUGCGAAAAGAAACUGUUAUGGUGAAAUACGAAACUCACAACGGGUUAACUUCAUCAUUAUUAUUAUAGUCUGUAAAUAGAUGUUACAUGUUGCAUGUCUCUAUGUACCUGUUCUUAUAAUUCGAUGUGUUUAUAUUUUUGUCAAGAGCCAAGUCAAGAGAUACCUUUCCGUGUUGGGAUAAAUCUCUAUAAUUAUAAAUAAACUUUACUAUCAUUAAUGUACGUGUAGUCUAUUUUGUAUUUUUGCACAUUUAUAGCCUUUUCAUUUUGCUUAUAUUCAUAAACCUUUUAGAGACAUUUAUUUUUCACCGAGUGAUGUUACUUUGCCUUAACACCUUGAGGAAACUAAUUCCCUGUAUUUCUUUGGAUAUUUUUUGAAGCUAAAUUUGAUUUUAGAGUUCAUUGUUUGACCUGUCAUGAUUCUAGUGAUGUACUUGACUGUGUUUGUCGAUUGUGACAUUUUGUUUUAGUUCAACAAAGGGAUGAGAUGUGGCGCUAUAAAACAUUUGUGGCCUUACUGACAACGGGAUGACAUCUCCGUUUCUUUUUUCUUUAAUUGAAUUGUGUUACCCUUUGUGUAUGUAGUUUGAUCUGUUCUUCAUCUAUUAAAAUAAGCUGUUUUUAAUUAAAACCAUGUCCUGUUGUAA